CCGAGCUGGAGGGAGGAACUUUCUUUACUUCAUCUCAUGAAGCGUGUCAGACGUUAGCAGAGGAGUGUCUCUGCAAGCCCGGAGCCGAGGCACAGACUCAGAGUGAGAGAAAGAGGGAUAUUUUUUUUCUGCUUUCUCUUUUAUAUACAUAUAUGCGAUUGAGGCGACAGGAGAAGACCCUCCUGUCUGCGGGUCAGCUGGUGAGAAAAGAUGAAGAACCAAAUCACCAGCGCCCUGUCUGACUUCUUCUUCGAGUACGAGACCCCUCGCCAGGUGCUGGUGAGGAACAGGAGGGUGGGAGUGGUGUGCCGGCUCAUCCAGCUGGGGGUCCUGGUUUACAUCAUCGGGUGGGUCUUCAUCUAUGAGAAAGGCUACCAGUCCACAGACACGGCAGUGAGCUCCGUGCUCACCAAAAUGAAGGGAGUGGGCUACACUAACGUGAGCGGGAUUGAGACCGUCUGGGACGUGGCCGACUACGUCUUCCCUCCUCAGGGAGACUCAUCUUUCGUAGUGAUGACUAACUACAUCAUUACCGAAGGUCAGAAGAUGGGAAAAUGCCCAGAGCUUAAAGGGAUGCACGACUGCACAUCAAACGCAGACUGCGUAGGAGGGAGUUUCAAACGUACGGGACACGGACAAAUGACUGGAGUCUGUGUCAACAAAACACAAACCUGUGAGGUGCUAGCAUGGUGCCCAAUUGAGGAUGACCACACUAUUCCGAAUCCUCCUCUUCUGAUAUCCGCAGAAAACUACACGCUUUUCAUCAAAAACUCUGUAACCUUCCCUUUAUUUGGCGUCACCAGGAGUAACUUGGUGGAGGGAAUUGAUAGUAACUACAUCGGCAAAUGCCUUUUCCAUCCAAAGAAAGAACCGCUCUGUCCAAUAUUCAAACUGGGAGAUAUAGUUAAACUGUCUGGCUUCAGCUUUGAAAAAUUAGCCCAAGAGGGAGGGGCUAUUGGCAUUGUCGUCGACUGGACAUGUAACUUCGACGUCGAUGUAAAACACUGUAAGCCAGAGUACAACUUUCACGGUCUCUAUGGAAACCCAAGUGAGACAGAUAGCGCCAGUGCGUCGGUUGGGUAUAACUUCAGGUAUGCAAAGCAUUAUAUGGAGGAUAAAAUUCCCAAGAGAACCCUCCUUAAAGUUUUUGGCAUCAGGUUUGAUGUCAUUGUGAAGUCACUGCUGUGUCCUUUAAAGGCAAGAAAAUUUGACAUAAUCCCAACACUCACAGCAAUAGGCUCAGGCGUGGGGAUUUUUGGAGUGGCAACUGUUGUUUGUGACUUGGUGCUGCUUUACUUGCUACCAAAAAGGGAGUUUUAUAAGAACAUGAAGUUCAAAUAUACAGACACACAAACACAGCAGGACAAUGAGUCUAUUGAUUUAGACUCUAACGCCUAUUACACCCUUGAAGCAAAUUCAAGACAAGUUCAAGACGAAGACAAGCCCAAUCAGGAUCCUGAUUCAGAGGCAGGAUCCACAGAGGCUGAGCAGAAGUGAUCUGGGAGCAACGAAGGCAGCGUGCAAGCUGCUUCAUAAAGUGAACUGCACAGAAACAACAUCAUGGGAAACGGAGGAAAACACACGCACACCAACUCUGGAUGGACCUCUGAGAAAAUAAAAGACAUUGUUUCUCACUGAUCCUCAGCAGCAUCUUCAACCAGAGACCUCCUCCCACUCAAAAAGCCAACAUGACUGGCUGCAAUCAUUAACGUUCAAUGUCGAGGCAUCUAUUUCCAAGCUGUAUGUGUAUUUUUUAUUUUUUUUGGUGUUUGUUGUUCCCAAGAAGGGUGUAACCUCCACAACUCUAAUCAUGUCUGCAAACAAACGGUUGAGAGAAGAAGAUGUGGUACGUUGGUGUUCUGUGUGGACAAAUCGUUCAUCACCUCCGUCAGAGUCCCCGUCACUCCACAUAAAAAAACAGACCAAACUUGUGUUUGCAUUUGCCGCCACAGCGAUCCAUCCCAUGUGUACACAUGUGACGAAGAGUUGAACUAAAUUAAACAAGUUCUUCAACCGUUGUGCUUUUUUGCUUUACUCAUACAGCAACAGGCAAACGUUCGGGUGUUUCGAGAAUACUUUUAAUGUUUUACUGUUGAGUACAAAAAGCAUGCAAAAAAAAUAGCUUGUUUAUAUUGGUACAUAUUUACAUUGUAACUGCAUUCCAUGGGGAUGUGCCAUGCUUCCAUUUAUUGGAGUGAGUACAUUCAGAUGUGAGCCCGACAUCAAACAGAGAGCAGGCACAGACUGCAGUCACAGCAGGACAGCAACAAAGAUGUUAAAGGGAUAGUUUGGAUUUUCCUUAAAGUUCUGUGACGUUUUAAGCGCCAGCUCCCUUACUUGUUUUAGAAAUAUGUCAUACUGUAGUCAGUUUGUAGUAAGUGAGAAAGGAAUGAGUACAAUUCAGAUUUAAUGACUCGCAUGCUGCGCUUCCAUCAACUAUUGCGCAAAUUGGAAUUACAAAAAUUAGUGAGUUUCGCAAAACUGGGAUGGAAACAUUUUUCACAUUACAUAAGUAACGUGAUCAAUAACCGGAUGUCAUCACGGGCAGAAAAGACAACAGGAAGUAGGAGGAUGACAGCACAGCAUGUUUUUUUUAAUGACUUAUCGGGUGAAGAAACUUAUUUAUAUGUGAUCUUAAUUGUGUUUAUUUAAUGAAAAUGCAGCAAUUGCGAAAUUGUGUUAUUUCAACACUAGUGGAAUAUCAACAAAGUUUUGUGCACAUUUGUAAUUAAAAUGCAGCUUUUUAAAAAUUCUUUAUUCUUUUCUUCUUAUUACAAGCCAGUGCAUUAAGAGGUUUUAGUUUAAACUGUGAAAAGUGGCUCAUGUACACAAAGAGCAUCACUUAAAACAGUCACAUUUAUUUAGCUGAUUUAAGCAAAUGAAACAAUUCAUACGGAAACUGUUCAUACCUGUGGGAUACAUUGCUAUGCUAGCAAAUAUUAAAACUUAUACACUUAAAAAAUGGUAAUUAGCUUAGAUGGAAUAUGGCUG